AUGUGGAGUGAAACUACUAUAAAAAAUAAUACAUUAGACGAUGAUACUAUUCAGGAGCAAGAAACUAUUCAGGAUUUUAUGAAUACACGAAGUUUGUUUAGUUUUUUAUUUGGUGGAAAUAGAAAGACUUGUAAUUGUAGGUGUGGAAUACCAAAUCGAUAUGAUCGUAUUUUACACAAAAAUCGUGAAAAACGUUUAGUUGGUGGCGAAUAUUUACGAGUCCACGAAUUUCCAUGGCUUGCAUUGGUUAACGUACGUGGACAAGAAAGUUUUGGUGGUGUCAUCAUUAAUGAUCGAUAUAUUUUAACAGCUGCUAAUUUUUUAAUUGGGGUAACACCUUACGAAGUAAAAGUUACAUUGGGCGUACAUGAUCGAUGUGUUCCAGAUAUUUCAUCGGCCAAUGUAAGCGUUCAAAAUAUUAUAAUCCAUCCCGAUUUUACCCUGGCUCAACGUAUACAUGAUAUUGCCUUAUUACGUUUGAGCAAUAUUAUUCCAUUUGAGCGACGUAUCAAUCCAAUUUGUUUGCCCACACCAGGAAAUUCAUAUCUGGGUCAAAUCGGUACUGUAGCUGGAUGGGCACAAGGCCCAACACCUCAAGGUCAAUCGUUAUUGACAUGCCGUCCACGUAAGUCUGGAUUACCAAUUUUAGGAGAAGAAUGUUCGACAUCUUCCACUCAUUUCACUCAUCAAGGUUGUUUAGGUAUUGUUGGUGCUCUGUCCGUAGUUUGUAAGAUUGAUUCAGGAGGACCGGUACAAUUUCGUACAUUGGGUGGCGUGUACGAAAUUAUAGGUAUUUUAACUGAUAUCAAUGAAUGCUCUGAAGAACCAAGCACAGCUUUAUAUUCAAAAGUAAACUAUUACCUACCAUGGAUUAUUAAACACACUGGAGAUGCCUGUUACUGCCAAAAAGUUUACUAAUGCUGU